AUGGAGAGCGAAGUGGCCCAGCCUUCGACCAUUGCCCCUAAGAGCCCCACUGACCAUGAAGAGACUAGUAGCACGACUAGCAGUGGCAACUCAGCGGCAAUGACAGCGAUGGAAGAGCUUCAUCAACUUUACGCUUCCGAUCCUAAUGCAGAGCGCGUGAGUCUUCGUGGUCGACAUCUCUCGCAAGAAAACGCAGACGAAGUGUUUAUUUUCCUCCAACAGCAUUUCCCCAGACUUCGACAUUUGGAUUUGCGUGAUAACGAUUUGCAAGAACUCCCACAAGAUUUUGGGUCCCGGUUACCUAAACUUGUGGCUUUGAACCUGUUGAACAACAAUAUUCGCUUUCGAAUGGGAGCACUGAGAACUCUUGGAGAAACGUUGCAACACUGUCCUUGCUUGAAGAGCUUGAGUCUGUCACUAUCAAGUCCUGCCGAAGAGCAAGUACUAUUGUCCAUGCUCCCUCGACUGCGCAUUCUAAAUGGUACCCCACUUCUGUCCUCUAGAUCCGGAAGUGAAGACAACCCAACGAGUCCGACGAUACAUGAACUUCAGCAAUUCUGUGCUUCCCCAUUAGCUAAAGUGAAUUUGAGCUCGAUAGCAACACAGAAGAAAAACGGAGUUCGCGUUUCAGAAUCUGAAAGGUCUAAAUCUGAUGUUUCAGCUCGCAAUGUGAAGAACAGCGUGAAACCAACCGAGCUUCCUGCGAGUAUUUCAGACGACCGGACCGAUUGGUGCAAGUUGCUCAAAGUGAAUCGUUCUCAAGUCUCAAAGCCACUUCAAAGUACAUCAUCAGUCUCUCACUCGGGGACGAACGUCGUGCCAACAGAGACAUUCUUACAGCAACUUAAAGCAGUCGUCAAGGCCUUUCACAAAUCCGAUUCGAAUGGUAAAUCUAACAGCGCAUCUAAAGCCAAGCUUUUUGCUCAAUUAGAUCGCCAUGUAGAGUUGUUAGCUCAGCAAUUAAAGCGCCAGGAACCAGAAGAUCCCAACGCUGAGCUCUCCGAUGCCAUGUUGCAGACUCGAUGGAGUUUACUGGAAGUCUGUGCAAUGUUUGGAUCGCAGAAAGUGGCUCAGGCUGACGCUGGGCUUGGCAAUGGCUUCGGUAUGUUGCUUGCUAUGCAGAAGCAGCUUUUAUCUGCCAUGCAAGCACAACAGCAGACUCAAACUCAAGCUCAAAGUACAACGGAAGUAGCAGCACCUGGACAAAACCUACAGCUUAAACAGCUACUCGAUGUGGCUGAAAACCUCGAAAGCGAUUUAGAAGCUGUACAAUUGCAACUUCAGCAAGAAACAGCUCGUCGUGAACAGGUUGAACUGGAAAAUUUGGAACUCAAACGAGUACACAAUAACGGCAAGGGGAUUCUAAAAUCUGGAACGUCUAAAAUCACUGCCAGAACAACGGACAACUUCAACUCUACUAAACAAACAACACGACAGAUUCGAAGAAGCAACAGUGAUCAAGCCGGCGCAGUGCCAUCAGUUAAUGAUACUCAUGAGCCAGAGACGCUAACUUCUCCUCCUCAAAUUAUUGCACCACCGGCACCUCAGACAACAGUAGCUGUCCGAAAUUUAUCUCUGAAACAACUGGUGGAUCUCAUUAACUGCGUGUACGCGUCUAAGGUCAAAUAUGACAUCCGAGCCACCACUGCUGGGGCACCACGCGAAACGAUGGAGCAGCAUUUGUACACUUACUUGAACACUCGUUUCGGUCUACCAAAACUCAUUGUGGAACACGCCAGCGCUGUAUGGAAAGCAGCCGAGUAUUUUGCUCGACGUGAGAAUGAUGCAGCUGUGUUUGUGGCGCUACUUCGCAAUCGACUGGAUGAAGGGUUUCUGGAAAUUAAGAAAAAGUUGCAGUCUGCUCUGGUAGAGCUGCUUCGAGCGUUCUUUUCGGCAAAGUACCCGCUGAAGCAAGGUAAAGCCAUCGCUGCACUUGUUCAAACCCGGAUAGACGGGUUGAUUCACGAAGAGGAGUGGCGCAAUGUCCUCACAUAUCUCUACGAACCGCAAGAUAGCGCGAAGUUACUGAGUUUGGUUCAACACAAAGCGGAGAAAUACCAGACAACUCAAAUACAGAGGAAGAAACCUCAGGCAAACGAAAAACCAAAUCUGGAGCUACCUUUUGCUGACUUUGAGCAAGUUUUGUACGGAUACCAACUACAAGGUCGACUGGACUUACUCGAAGGCUUUCGAAGAACUUUUGAAGAGCUCGAUACUGAACAUGUUGGUGUCAUCACCAGAGCUCGAUUCGUCACACUUACUCGACGAUUAGCACCAGCGAAGGCAGAAAGCACAGUGACGACGCUUGUUGAGGCGUUAGACCCAUUUAACCACGACGUAAUCACAUUCUCUGACGCUGCAAACGCACUACUGCCGGACAUUCGACGUGCCUGUAUCAAGGCCAAGUCGAACUCAGCGUCACAAGCAAAGACAAAGAAGGAUAUUAAGUGA